AUGACUAUCUACCAGCCUUCCAGCAAACUUUUUUACAUGUUCCAGAAGAUUUUACUGUUAUCAGAUGGUAGAAGCCUGUACUUUGGGAAGGGAGAAAAUGUUAUGAAUUACUUCUCCAGCAUCGGUUAUGCUCCAUCUGUAGCUACGGAUCCAACUGAUUUCUUACUUGAUCUUGCAAAUGGCUUUCCCUGGUGGCAGUCUGGAGCUGAUCAAAUGCAUGACCGGCUAGUCUUGCCAACCCUUUUUGUCACCAUUACUUGUUGGAUGGGAGGGCUAAAAGUGAAUGCUUCAAUUUUCUUUCAAACUCUAGCUGUUGCUCUUCUCUAUGCUUUGGUAUCACAAGGCUUUGGCCUUGCUAUUGGAGCAUUGCUGAUAAAUAAUCAAAAAGUGGCUGUUGUAAGAAAAAAUAGAGAAAAACACAGUACAGAAGAGAAGAGAACUAAUUGA